AUGAAAAGAUGGCGAUCACUGCUCGAACCUGCCAAAAAUGGUAAUUUGGCGCUCGCCAGAAGAAUCUUGGCGGAGUCGAGUGGCACUCUGAAUGUACGCGAUGACCUGGACAUGACACCCUUACACUAUGCAUGUAAGAACGGGUAUGUGGAGAUGGUCCGGCUCUUCCUCGAUCACGACGCCGAAAUGGAAGCCAUGGACUGUAAAAGAAUGCGACCAUUGCACUUGGCCUGCAAACAUGACAAAUUGGAGGUUGUUCGUCUCCUACUAGACAGAGGUGCUGAUAUGGAAGCCCAGACCGAGACAAAGAUGAAGCCAUUGGACAUUGCAUGCAACAACUCUGAGGAUUUUUCGUGUCGACAUCUAAACUUGGCAGUGGCUGCGCUCUUGUUAGACAGAGGUGCUGAUACCAAGGCGACGUGUCUCAGUGGAUGGGCCCCAUUGCACUACGCGAGUAGCAAAGGCGACACGGAAAUUGCUACACUGUUGCUGAAAAAAGGCGCAAGCGUGAAUGCAAAGACUCAUAGAGGGGACACGCCUUUGCAUAUUGCGUGUAAGCGAGGUAAAUUGGAAGUGGCUCGAUUGCUGCUGGAUUGGGACGCGGACAUGGAAGCGGAGGAUAAAGGAUCUUCUACACCACUCCAUGGUGCGUGUCGAUUUUUUCGGCCAGACGUGGCUCACCUUCUGUUGAGUCGUGGUGCCAAUAAGGAAGCAAAGGACGAAGCAGGGUAUUCACCGUUACAUGUUGCUUGUUCAUGCGGACACGUGGGAACGGCUCGGGUCUUGUUGAAUAGGGGCGCGAAUGUCGAAGCAGUACAAUGUGCCGGCCGAACACCAUUGCAUCUUUCUUGUCAAAACGGUAGAUUGGACGUUGCCCGUUUGCUUCUAGAUCGAAAUGCCAACAUUGACCUGAUGGAUGAAAUGAAAAAGACAUCUCUGGAGCUUGCAUGCGAGAACGAACAUGUGGAAAUUGUUUGGCUGCUGGUUCGUCGAUUUCCGUGGAUACUGUUAAAAAUUGUUCAAGAUUAA